AUUUGAUAAAAAGUAUGAUAAAAAUGGCAGGCUUUUUCUCAGGUUUUCAAAAUGUUUCAAUAGAAGAUGUUAAUUAAUUUUGUUUAAGUAGGUUCUUAUCCGCUACUGACGGUGCUUGUUUUCACUGUAAGGUCGGUUGUUGUCAUUUGUCAAUUUGUCUAAAUAAAUCUAGUUGUACAUAUUGUACAUAGACACUAUGGACAGUAAGGUGAUUUGCAAGGAACAUGUUCUUAAGGUUAACAACCAUGAGCUUGUUGAUAAUGGACAUACUAGCUACUUCUCUAAAAUGCCUCCUGCAACAGCAGAACAACUGACCAUCGCAAAAGUUUUAUCUAGGCCAGAUAACGAUGUAAAUAUCCGGUGCUACGUUGUUCAGCUUCAAGAACUAACUGAGUGUUCAGAAGACCAAGCAGUGACUGCAUUGUAUGACUGCGAAAACAAUAUUGAAAGAGCAGUUGAGCUGGUUCUAGAUCAGUUCCGCUGUGGUGCGACAGAAGAGUGGCACACAACUGUCAGCAAGCGUGGCAAAACAAGGCACUCCCAGUCGGCACCAGAACCCGGACCGGAUACGACUGCACCUCAGAAAAAAGCUCCGAAACCGAAACUAGAAAAACCUUUUGAAAGUCAAGAUAAGUCAUCAGGACAAAACGUUUCGGUAUCACCUCCAGUUAACGUCACCAAAAAUUCAAACUCUCACCCUGAAAAGUUCAAGAAACCAGGCACAAAGAAAAAAAAUCCACAUAGAACAGAUGCAGUCGCUGGUGACCGCGCCUUCAUUCCGCCACAAAGUCGUAGUGAUGAUAUACUGUGCAACAGUUCGAAGCAGUUACCAGAAAGAAAAAGUAGAGUUGAGUCUGAGGGUAUGUUCAAUUGAUGGUUCAACUUGCAUUUAGCAUGGGAUCCGUACGCUGACUGUGGCGAGUGGGAAGGGGAUUCAAUCGAAAUUGUCAAUUCAAAUGCAUCCAUUGCCAUGGGUCUGCAGGAAGCAGUAUCCUUGCCACCAGAACUUUUCCAUGACAGUCCAAGUUGUUCGGAAAAAAACUUGAACGCGGAUUACAAUUCGCACGUUGAUGCUGUCCAAAAUCUAACUAAAGAUCCAGAUGCUUUGGAUGCAGAAGCAUUGUUUGCGUCAUUUGCCAAAAGUAAACCACCUCCUCGCGCGUUUACUGGGAAGCUAGAGACAUCACUAUUUUUUGCUCCGGAAUUGUUGCCUAGCGAGCAAUUUAACUGGAAACCGACUUUCGGUGGUGAGUGUCCUGGUCCACAGUUUAAUACUAAAACAACUGUAAUUCUGAGUCCUGGACAGAUUACCAGUAAUACAGACGAACCACUUCGAUCACAAAAUGAUUCUCGAAAUGUCCAAACAUCCACGGAUCGACCCGAUUGCAGUCCGAAGCAGUUUUCGUUUCCACAAAUAUCCCAACAAUCACAUUCCGGCGAUUUUGAACUUAAGAACACGUCCUUAGGCGUUCUUUUAGAUCCUCCAUCUAAAACAGAGGAAAAGGUAAGCAAUGUUCCCAGUGACUAUCCAUCGCGACACUACGAUGAACAAAUGGUGUCCAAAGUAGCACUUUCAUAUCCGAUAAAUCAUAACAAACAGACACCCUCCAUGGUUGCCAGAACUACCAGUGAUAAACCCAGCUAUUUGGAGCCAAAUAUUAAGAACUAUCUUUUGGAUGGUCUACCGGAUAACAUGAACAAAAUGAACGUUGGAGAGGUCACUGGACAAAGCACAAAAGAUCAGUUUUUAAUUCAGAAUAAUGCACAGUCAUCUCUAGCCCCCUUUUCUCAUGGUCAAAAUGAGCAACAUAUGGUUCCUCACUUGAAUAAAAUACCCGCCUCUCAUGCUAGCACCCACGUAUCUGGGCACACACCACAAGUUAACAAUUCUCAGGCGACUCAUCUUCCUCCAGGUAUGCCACACUUCAUCAGUCAGUUUGCUCCACCUGCUUAUCACAUGUUCAAUUUACCAGGCGGUUCUAGUACAACCCCUGCUAUUUUCGAUCUCGAUCAUUUGCAGCUCUUGCAACAACAGAGGAUGCUUUAUGACAUGCACUUACAGCACCAGGCUGCCACUACCGCUCAAAGUCUUCUUACUGCAAAUGCGGAUUCCUCAGCAUCAGCAAAACCCGUCAGUCACAAUUUAUCAAAUCCAAUGGGUCAUGUUACUGCUCCAAACACAGGAAUGCGACCAGACAUGCUGACAACUGCACUUGGGCACACUCCACAGAUGAUGACACCUGGACACCCUUAUUUCCCUUAUCCCGGUUUUGUCCUCAUGGUAAGUUCAGUAUUAACUUUAUUCAAUUCAUAAUUGUUCAUCAAACUACUAUGGAAUUGCUUCAUAGAAGUUAGUCUAUAAGCAUUUGAUAAACACAUUCCCUUGGUGAAGCUGGAGGAGUAUUUAAGACCCAUACAGAUUUAUAGUACGGUGUCAUUUUUGUGUUCCACUUCGUUUUUCUCCAAAAUACUACACGCUCAUGUUUAUCUCUGCACUGGGUGGGUUAUUGUUUUUACUACUUUUCUUCUCCGUGACAGAUUUCACCUUCCAUAUCUGAAAGAUUUAUUUAUUUAUUUAUUUGAACACGUACUGGUACAAGGGGGCACCAGAUACAUAUUCGCCACAUUAGUCUCAUUUGAUUUGUGUGAGAGCUGUGAUACUGCCCGGGUGCCCAAACCGAAGCAGGUGGUUAUCUUAGGGGGCCACACCGAAGCCUUAGACCCAAAGGUCUGAUCCGCAUGGCAGUGAAGCAUCAUAAGGAGAUGCAGUCCCAUGGUAGUCGGUGACCAACGAUUGGUUCAUACGCCAUUUAUUCCCUCAAUGUACUGAAACCCCAUGUGCACCACUGGUUUAGAAUCAGGGUUUCCCAACUCCCUGAGGUGAACUCUCCAUGUCCACCAACCCGGUCAAAGCGCCGGGCAUUGGCUUUUCGUGCUCUCAAUUUCGUAAACAACAUCACCGCCACGAGAAGGCAGUAAGUAGAACUUCCCUGGCAGAGGCUAUAUACGCGUGGUCAUGUGAGAACAUUUUGAGAGGGAGAGCGGACUCUCCCCACCCUCGGCCGUACCAGGGCAUUUGGGGGCAUCUGAAAGAUCACAUAAAUAUUUAUCUGACAGCAAUAAGAUGAUUUCAGUUGUCCCCAAUUUAAUCAUUUGAAUAGUUGGGGUUCAAAUGUCUGGUUUUAGGUCUAGGGUUUCUAGUGACUUUUGGCCAAAUAACUAUUGUUCUUGUUAAUCAUAGGCAGUAAAAGUAGGCCCUGAUUUGGGUGUUCAUCGGUUAAGUUUACCACAUCAAAAUCGCAUAACAAGCGAAAAAGUGAUGAUAGGAAUACUUUUAACUGCGAUAGGAGUGUAAACGGAAAAAACCGCAGUUCAAGAUGAAUAGUCGUAUCGAAACAAAAGGUAUGGAAUGACAACCGAAGGGUAAAAAAGGAUAAUAAUUGCAACUGCUUCAGAGCAAUCGACUUUGAGCCGUAUUUACUCACAUUUCCAGGCAUGGGUUACUACCAUCCUGUGAAUCUAUCAAAACGGACCCAACGCUUAAUAACAGCUAGUGACUUUACAUAUAUUGUGUCUAUUAAACAUCUUUUCAGUCUGUUGUACUAGCUGUUUUGUACAUCAGAGUAGAUGUUUGUUAGUCGUGCGUUAUGCGCUCCGUAGGCAUCUAAGUCAUAAGAUCACCCAGGAAACCUACUUGCCAUUAAUCCCUGAUAAAAUGUGACCAAAACAUCACCCACUCGGUGAUCCUCUAAUUUAUGGGAAGGGUUUCUGAAAAAUCCGUGAUCGAAUACUUAUUACCUACACAUUUCUUGUGUUUCCUUUGACCAUACUUUUCAGCUUCGGAACAAUACAGAGUAGACUACUGUAAAUUAUAAUGACAGGUGUACAUGUAUUCUUGCUAAGGUGUCUUCAUCGACUGGCCAAUUAGAACUAAAGUGAUUUCCAAGAUAAGUAAACCGGUAGGCUGCUUCUUUCGGUUAUCCAGCUGGGUAGUUAGAUAAACCAGUCCUAAGUCUUAAACCUAUCUCUACUUAUUAUCAAUGAUGCUCGAGAGGCUACGUUAUGUCAGCAUCUCCACUAAACAGAUCUGGAUUUUGCAAGUUUUUUGCUAGAUUGAUCCCUGAAAUGUCAGGUAAAGAAAGUGGAGAGCCCUAUCGACCGUCGAUUGGGACGGCCAAUUCAGAUAACAGGUUGCCAUAUGCUCUUGAUCAGUAGAAUUCGAAACGUUGAUAUACUUUUUAUGCCUUUAAAUGACAGCGACUAUCAUAAAUUAUGUUGACCAGGAAAGGCAAAUGAAGUUUUAAUGCUGAGAGCGUCGGUUUGCUUACACCCAGAGACUUGACUUGGAGUGGAUAUUUGGUCAGCUCACUCAUGUCUAAAACCGGCUUAGUUUUACCGCGGUUGACUGUCCACAGCCUCCAGUUUAGCAUUAGGCUGUUUUUGAAGCUAAGAUUUCGAAUACAAUAUUGGUAGGAUUGAUUUCUUUGUAGCUUUCGUAAGAGGACUUUUAUGGUUCCUGUAAACAAUCAGUUCUUUUGAAAAAGUCAUUCCACGAAUCUAGAUCUUCUCGCGUCAUACAUGUCUUUUCUAAUAACAUUGAUACUGCUACUAGUACUACUCUGGCACCUCGUCCUGACGUGUGGUAACUCAAAGCCAUACACAUGUGCUAAGUUGUACGUUACGUUUGGUUGACUGAGUGUUCGCGACUAGCCUGAUAGAAUUACCUACAGCUACCAGGUUACUGGUACAGUACCUCAAUCAACGUAACUGUUGGCACUAAACGUCUAUCCAUAAAGGAGUUUGUAACUAGUCCAUCAAGGUUAGGUCUCACUGUUGAGAGUCUAAUAUCAACCUCACCGCAGCCCUUGAUGAAAAUGGGUAGCUGGGAAGUACUUGUCCCUCAAAAUAUCCUGUCUUUCCGGUAGUUUGGUCUGAAAACACAUGUUUUUCAAACAUAGUUCUACUGAUAGAUAACUUUAAUUAAAGUUUCUAAUGCUUCUACGUAGUGUAGGGUCACAUAUUCUUAUUACGUUCUUUGUUACCCUCUUCAAUUGUCUUGGGAGUCUCGGCGGUCUUGAAGGUCUGGUAUUUGUCGGAAUUCCGUUAUGCUCUCAUUUCCAGUUUUCUGUGUAAUGAAUUGGCAUAUUCAUCCACCUAAACCAAACUAGGUGCAUAAUUAUGUAGGAGUGCACUAGAAAAAUUAGGGGCGGACGAACCAAAGCACGACAUCAGUCCAGUCCAUGAAGUCAUUGAGGAUUGGACUUGGCCAUGUUAACAGGUGUGGACUACGUGGUUGAUGUCCACGUGAUUGUCGUACCAAUGGUUAGAGACUUUGAAUGACAUGGCUCAAAAUUGUUCACAGUGGUCCAGGUGAUCCGUUCGUUGUCUUCCCCCAAAUUAUGAGAUUCUAAAUUCAUAAUUUUUAUUGCUAUUGUUUUACUAAUUUAUAUUUUCGCGGAUCGUAUUUUUAAUGCCUAGUCUUUUAUUUCUGCUGUUACUGUUACUACCUCUACCAUCCUGGGGUUUGAUCUAGAAACUUCGUCCCACUGUUCUAAUGAGGUCUGACAACUUGAACCGAUGUACAUACGUACCAGGUUUAACGUCGUGACUGACUGCUGUCCAACGGCGUCAGCAGCGAACAUGAGAAUCGGUGUGACAAUGUAUUCUUUCGCAUCUCAUUUCCACGGUGUGUUCGAAUCAAACGCGAUUAUGAACUACUAUUAUAUAUACUUUUUCAACCUGUUUGGUAGAAAUAUCGCGUCCGUAUCAUCAAUAAACUCAAUGUUCGCUUGCGAAUAGACCUAAUCGCUCUUCCGAAUAUCUGGAUUCCAGGAUAAUUAUGUAUAACCUGAAAACUGUUUCUCAUCAUUUUUAACAUAUUAACUGUAUUAUUACUAUCUGUUGUUCAGAAUGGUUAUCCAAAUCCAUUUUUAAACCAACAACAACCAAAUUCAGACAAUCCUCAAGUUCAGAAUCCUGGUCAGUGUGCAUCACCAAUUACCCAGCACCAAUCCCAGCUAAACCAAGCUCAAUCUUAUAAUAAUCUCAAACAACUGGGCAAUGGAGUUGGAAACUAUGAAGAUUUGUUAGAUGUCAAGUAUGGUGACCCAUCCAAACAAGUUGGUUUCAAAACUAGCUCAAACCCAUCCAACUAUAGUUCAUUUCAAUCUCAAGGAAUGUCGCUGGAUUCUGUCGGUGGGAAGUUAUCUUCUGUCUCUCAUUCCAACAACGGAUCUCUGGUUCAAAACUUUAACCAUGGAAAUAGCAAUUCUCAUGCACAGCACUUUUCACCACAAUUUUACGCAUCUGUGUCGGGUUCACCAUACAUGAACACAGUUGCUGCCGCUGUAGCUGCAGCAGCUGCUGCUAAACAUGGACCCAAUAAUAGCUCUACCGUCAGUACAAAUCAGUCUAAUCCAAAUAUCGGUGUUGCUACUAACCAAGCUGGCGCUGUUACUGGGCAAAAUCAAAUACAUUUACCUGGGAACCCGUCUCAAGGAAUGGUCUUGGGUAAUGCAGGUCAAAGUUUACAUCACCAACGUGCUCCAAUUCCACACGCACAACACUGAUUUAAAUGAAUUACUGACAAAGUUAUUAUAUUAAGCUAGUUGUUGUUUGUCACUCUGCUUUGGCUAACCUUAAAUCAGAGUUGUCCAUAGAGUGGUUUUCUACUCGAUUUCUUAGGCAGUCGAGACAUUUGCCUUUUAGAUUUUUGGCAUGUGUAAAUAUAUGCAAACGUCCUACCAAGAUUAUUACAUUGAGACAUGUUUUCUUCCCAAUAUAUGUUUCUGCGAAAUGCUUGCAUUAGGUUUUCACUUUAACUUCUUUUUCUUACCGAUGUUCACAUCCUCAUACUUUGCAUAUCUCUCAUGAGCUUUCGUUUUUGUAUCCAUUAUACUCGUUCAGCUUGAUCCUAACAAAUCUAAAGCGCUGAUCUAAAAUAAAUUUAUUUGACGUAUCUCUUGGUUUUCUAUUAGAUUUUUAGUCACAUUGCUGAUUGUCGUUAUUGGUUUUCAGGGGGCUGCAUAAUGGCAAAAUCGGUUUGCCUGAAAAAUCCACAUGAAUGGCAUCCUUAUGUUCAUCAAUAUGGGUAUUAUGAUCCAGUAACAGUUGGUAGUAUUGACGGUACAGAUACGACUCCACAUGAUCGAGCAAUUCAACGCGCCUUAACGUCAUCUUAUAGGAGUAAAGGCCACGUUUUUAACUGGGAUCCAAAGGUACACAUCAAUGUUUGACUUUGUAAUUGAAAUCGUUGCUUACACUAGUUUAUUUCCCUGAGGUCAAACAAUAUUGAAUAACAGAUACUUUGUUUUUUCACAACACACUUCAUGUUAGGGACUGAUUAUCUCUAAAUGUUCUGGUAAUGUGUUGUUUCCAAUUACUAGUAACUUGGAGGUCUUACGGGAACUUGAUGUAAUAUAUCUGGUCAGUGUGACUGGUAAUUUGGGUUUACGAUAUAGAAGGCUGGUAUAUUGUACAUCCGGGUGUUUACUGAUAAUAAUGGGAGGUACCAUAGCCAGGACUUCCUGCUGAUUGCUUGUAAUAGUCUAAUACAAUUGAUUACAGUGGUCCUGUGUACGGUCAGUUCGGUUAAUCGCUUUCAUAGCUUAUGAAACGGUCAUUGGGAUCUAUCAGUUUACCGACUUACAUGUCUUCGCGGUUCGGUUGUCACUCAAAUUUCGGAAUUAAAGUGAUGAAGUGGAUUGUGUGUUCAACGACGAUAUUUCACUCAAAAUAGGGUGUAACAUUACACGGGGUGUAGUUGGGAUAUGGAUCACUAUUUUGCGACAAGAUGUGGAAUCUUUUUCAUUCAAAACACCAAAUACUAUUUGUUUACAUUGAUGAAUUUGGGGAACUGGACUACUUGUAAAAGGUUUGGUGUUAUACACGCAGCUCUAAUUUGUGGCUCAGGAAACUAACGGGACUAUUCUUCCGUAUUCAGAUUUCUCAUCUAGUCUAAAUCACGAUUUGUUAAGUCAUUCAUACCCACUCUUACAAUACGUCGUGUUUGUUCAAAAUGUAAUUGCCAGUGGGAAUUGAUAUAGUUUUGUGGGUGCACACUGCUGAGGAGUCCCAUAAUAGGGCGGAACGGCCGUCAAGUGCUUCCAGGUUUUCCAUGGUGGCCUAGCUUCAAUUGGCUCUUGAAUUCGACUAUUCUAUUAUAUAUCUUUAAUUUCCACUUAUUGGAAGUACUCGUUUGGCUCUGUAAUAUUGUUACUGGUCGUUAGGGGCUCAAGUAUUUUUGGAUGAAUAGUUUAUUCACAUAGACUAGUUGAGUCGUCGAGUUAGUGUUAUUGGCGUACUCGGACAAUACAACGCCUAUUUAUGGUUAGUAAGUUGUAACGGUAUAUAGAAUAUCCUCGAUCAUAAACCAAAAUUCAUCAUGGAUUAUAGAUCCCUAUUCUAAGUGUUUCCUCAUUUGAGUUGCUGGGAUUCGUUAUUUGGUGCCUAUUUUGUAUCGACCUAUUUUUUAUCUGUUCAGAUUGUUAUACUGAGGAAGGAAUAAUAAUUGUUUACUAAACCAAACGUAUGAAUGUUAUUGUUGCCGUAAUCAUUACUGUUUACAUCUAAUCUUUUCUUUUUUGUUGUUAAUACUGAGGCUACAAUAUUUGUAGGAAGGCUACCUUAUCAUACUUCAAAAAUUUGUUUACAAAAAACACUGAAUGAACUGUUGAAUAAACACUUAGGAAAUGAUUUAAAUAGUAAAUCUAGAAAAUACUGCCGUAGUCGUUCACCAUUUUCUUGCGAUGAAAUUUGGCCAAAAAUUCAUCUUGUUCACAACAUUGUUACUGGCUAUCCAUGUGGCUAUGCAUUUGCAUAUUUUUCAUCAGAAUCAGAUGCCGAACGUGUACUGCGUGCUUGGCGUAAUCAAACUACUGUUUCAACGAAAUUAUACUGUGGACUAAAAGAUGAACGACACUGUGGUUUAGAUAUACCUAAUGGUGAUAAGGUAAUUUUAGAACCGUAUUUUGGUGGUACACUGCCUGGUUGGCGACCACGUCGUCUUGGUGGUGGAUUAGGUGGUCGUAAAGAGGCUGGGCAGUUACGAUUUGGCGGAAUCGCUCGUCCUUUUAGACGUCCGUUUACUGCAAAUAAUGCAUCUUUGACAGAAAAGAAAACAAAGUUUUGCAGAGAUUAAGUUUUAUUCACUAAGAAAAUUACAAUUGAUUUACACAUAUGGUCAUCGAAGUGUUGAUAAGAAUAUCUAAGUGUUUUCAUUUGUAUUUCUUAGUUGUUAUUUUUUCUCUAAUAAUUUUCUUACACUCUUAACAUGGUUUUUGAAUUCCAGAGAAUCUGUAACUGAUAUUACAUACAAGGAUCUUAUUGAUAGAAUAGUGAAUAACUUAAGAAAUUGAUUUUCUUCAAUCUCCUUUACAAAUCAUAUUCAUUUUUAUGUUAAUAUUCUGUAUAUAGGCAUAUUAUUUUAAAACGAAAUUCAUUCUAUUAGGCAACUGCAUUGUUUUCGUAUAUCAGUCCAACCGAGGGCUCACGUCAAUAAUUCAUUCUUGUAAGUAGCUAUCAUCCGAACGAAUCAUAUCGUUAAAUAUUAGCAUUUGAUCAGUGCAUUCCACUCAUUAACCAGACAAUCACCAAACAUAUUUUGACCUGUACUGACAAUCAUCAUGUGCUCACUAGUGACUAGCUUCAAGAGGUAAUUCAGGAAGUCCUAGUGAGAAGCCGUGACCAGUAGGGUUCAACCGUGUCGGAUGUGAGGCAGUUAUCCGCUGAACAUAGUAGAAGAUGGUCGCCCAAUAUUGUGGAGUGGCUGGAGUUAGACAUUAACACUGUUGGAUACCGGCUCAGUGAUCUAGAGGUUAAGGGAUAGCGCAUGAGAUCGGAGAAUCUUACUUUUCUCUUUGUAUAUAUUGAGACCUACUGCUACUGAGGCCACUGCUACACUGCUCGUUUUCUCCUGCAUUUAUUGUUGCGUUUGCGAUGGAAGAGCCAGCUCAUCUGCGAAGUCUAGAUCGUCCAACUGCAUCCUAGAUGUCAUUGUAUCCCGUGCUUCUCUUCAGAUGUUGACGUCUUCAUGACCCAGUCGGUCACCAGGAGAAAGAGAAAGGGUGAGGGUAAGCAACCUUGCCUGACACCGGUCUUUACUUCGAACGAGUUUGUCAACUAUCCUCCAUGCACGAUUUUGCAGUUUAAUCCAUCAUAGGAAUUCCGUACGAUAUUGACUAUCUUCUGAGGCACGCCGUAGUGUCGAAGAAGCUUCCAUAGUGUUGUUCUGUCCACGCCGUGAAAUGCCUUCUCGUAGUCAAUGAAUUCGAUGCAGAGUGAUGAAUUCCAUUCAAUUGAUUGUUCCACAAUGAUCCGUAGAGUUGCGAUUUGGUCUGUACAGGAUGUAUCCUUACAGAAUCCUGCCUAUGGGUCUCAAAGUUGGGCGUCUACGGAGUCCAUCCUGUUUAACAAUACCCUGUUGAAGACUUUUCCUGGUAUUGAGAGAAGAGUGAUGCCCCUGUAGUUAUCACACUUGCUGAGGUCGCCUUUCUUCGGUAUUUCGAUCAGAAGUCCUUCCUUCCAGUCUUUUGGUACUUGUUCCUCAUUCCAAAUCUUAUUGAAGAGAAUGCGGAGUAUCCUUGCAGUUACCACCACGUCUGCUUUUAGUGCCUCUGCUGGAAUGUUGUCUGGUCCUGCCAUUUUGUACAACUUAGAGUAUAUUAAUCUAGAAAUAAUUUGUAAUAUAGAAACUAGGUUAGUUUAAUGAUUUACACUAAACGCAAUGUCAUUUUAUUAGGCUUUAAACAAACCCUAUUUGGUAAUAUCUAGCUAAGAAAAUUAUUUGAUGCGAUUCUCGAUUAAGACGUUGCAUCGGUCUAUAAAGUCAUUGAUUGUUUAAGGACAAACCGCAAAAUCUUCACAAUCAAUAUUAUCUAGGCCAAAGGAAACGACAACAAAUGAAGAUAAGACGUCAUCUACAGAAUAAACUAUAACGACCGGGAAGAACAUUACAUAGAAUAAAAUGGGCACUAUCUACGCCUAUGUGGGACAUCAUCUAUCUGUUAAUCUCCAUGGCGUAGCUUCACUUAUUCCGAUGCUUGUGAACAACUGUGGGCAUGUGUUCGAUUGAGAAAGCAUCGAAAUAUUGGACGGGGAACCAAAUAAGUUUUAGAAACUCAGCACCUCGAACACAUCGAAAUCAAUGCAAUCUGUCAGUCAAUAAGGGAAAAGCUUAACAAUGUGAUCAGAGUUCAGGUGAAGAGUGAUAAUUAUUAAAAGAACACAUGAACAACAACCGACCAAACUUUAGGUCAACAAAACAAGCUGUUGGUCGAUUAUGGGAAGAUUUUAAUAAGCCAGCUUUCUUUAAGGUAUGUGCCAAUGAUUUUGUCUGGACAGAUUACAAAAUCAAACCAUUCAUCUCAGAUAAUAGAUCACCUCAGAAAGAAUUGUGCCAGUCAGUAUUUGAAUAGAACUCUUAAUGCGUUCAGUAACAAUUAAACCUUAAAAAGUCCCGUCAUAUUGAAUAAAUGAAAAAUAUCUACAUUUAAGGCAAGUAGAGCCUUUAAAAUUAUUUCAUAUAAAUCUAGAAUUGUUAUUGUCAAAAUGACUAUUAUGUAAUUCAAAAUUGAAUAAAUGGAGAAGAUUUUAGAAGUAAAGUAACCUCAUUCGAUUUUCUGAUAACAGGAAAAGCUGAUGGAGCAUUAGGAAAGGUUCUGAACAGCAAAGUUACUUGAACACCAGUGUAUACGUAUUACCUAACAGACGGAUUGCUUAGAUUAGUUCCUUUUGUAUCUAUCGAUUCCACUGCUCCUGUGGAGUAAUUUACGUUACCAAGUUUCCUAAGAAUUUACACUCGUGUCCUUGAACAUCCUUCAGGAUGGCUAACCAAAUGUAUAAUUAAGACUAUAAACAGCUCAUAUUCAAUCCAUUUGGUUCAGUUGAGUCAUAAAGCCAGCAUAAGUAGUUUUCUAUAGUUUGUCAUGUUAGUAAUUAUCCCCUAAAAUCCGUCAAACAAUAAAAGCAAUAGCCAUACGGGUUGAAAAAACUGGAGAUUUUGGUGCAGAAUAAUAAUCCAAUUAAGCCUCUUACAUAGAACAACUUCAUUCCCAGUAGAUCGAUAUUCGUCUUAAUUAAAAAAUGACCUACUUUGACCGAUGUACAUAUAACCACUCUCUUUUUGCAUUUUUGUAACUAGAUUUGUCAUGUGCAAAUGUUGUUGUCACAUAGUUUUUCUGAU